AUGGACGACAUACAAACCAACGACCGCAUCGCGACGGACCGCGUCAUUGUCGAGAAUUUCAUUGGGCGCCUGAAGACGCUAUGGUCCAUAUGCAGUGACUGCUACCGUUGGACACGUCAGAACUAUGAUGUUUUGUUCCGAACCUGUGUGGCGAUGACGAACGUGCACAUCCGCAUGCAUCCACUUCGUGCGGACGAUGGCGACGUGAACUACCCUUAUGUGACUGGUCUCCGCCGCACUGAAACCGGCUCGUCCGGAUGCGGCGCGUCGUUGGUGGCCCCCAAGAUCCUGAUCACGGCGGCCCAUUGCUCGUCGUCUGCGUGGGCCACGUUUGCCUCUAUUGGGUCGCACUACUUGAACGGCACCAAGGAUGGCGAGCGCAUCAAGAUCGUCAAGCGCACUGUGCACCCUAAGUACAACAAGGCCACUCGCUUCGACUACGACAUUGCCGUGUUCGAAUUGGAGACCGCGUCAUCGUUCCCGCCCAUCAAGCUCAACUGGGACGAAGACCACUUCUCCGCCCCGGGCGUUGUGUCGUGGGUGCGCACGACCAAGUCGGGCGGAUCACAAUCCCCCGUCUUGCUCGAAGCCGAUGUCCCCAUCUACUCGAACGCUGCCUGUCAAAAGGCCUUGUCCGCCUACAAUUACAACAUCACGGCCUCCAUGAUCUGUGCUGGCGGGGGAUUCAAGGACACGUGCCAAGGCGACUCGGGUGGACCGUUGACUGUUACCCGCAACGGCAUCGAGUACUUGGCCGGUGUGACCAGCUGGGGCAUUGGCUGCGCGAACCCUGGCCUCCCGGGUGUGUACGCCCGGAUCUCGGAAGCGCGUGACUUCAUUGAACCGUUCCUGCCCAAACCUGCUUGCUAA